AUCAGAAGACCGGCGACAGAAAUUGUAAAUACUUGGUCCUUGGCUUAGUUUGAUCAAUACAUUCAUAUCGUUUAUUAAACUGGUGCACAAUUGGUGUUGAUAAUGUCUUCAGAGUCGCUUUCUAAUUUAGAAGAAGAGAUGUCUGACAUAAAAUCUGUAACUGCAUUCAAUAGAGAAUCAAUCAUGAAAUCUUCAAAAAAAAGAAAGAAACGCAAGAAGAAACACAAGGAUAUUUUUGAUUUGCCAGGAGUUCACAAGUUACAAUUAUCAGAAUUGGCACAAAAAAUAAUAGGUUGUGUUGCAGGUGACAAUGUUACUGCGGAAAACCCUUGGAUGUAUGUAGAUAAAGAGAAAAUACAAGAUAACUUGGAGUUACACGAGGAAAGUUCCGAAUUUUUACCACUCAAAAAAUACAUUCUCGGUUUUCCUAGAAAGCAGUUUCUCAUAGGGUACAUACCUGAUGAAUCUAGAGAUGUGGAAGAAUUCUACAUCUGUGUUACAGAGCAAGCAACAGAUACCGUUAAAGAUAUAAUUGAGAAAAUGAAACAGGAACAGGAAGAACGAUUAUUCAAUACAAUCAACAAAAGUGUGAAGGAAUGGUUCACUCAAGGAACUGAAACCGAAGUGGACGAAGCCAUCGUGAAAAAUAAUCGACCCUUGAUCGAAGUUGAGGUUGAAACUGAAUAUCCUAUUUUCUCUCCCAACACUCAGUUCAAAACUGUGAAAGCUGAGCAAAGGCGGGAUGGUUACAUGGAACUGAGAUGUGUCGAUGAAGUCAUGGAAAACGUAUGUGUCUUCUCAGUCGGCAGUGUCCAGCAAAAAGCUGUGUAA